UCUACGUCCAUUUUUGCUCAAACUUGCAGAGUCCUCUCUCUCUUUUCUUUCUCUCUCAGAACAAGCUCUUUCGGAUUCCUCGAUCGUGCGCCCAUCAAUCCGACCGCCCAUGACUCUGAUGACUCCUCCACCGUUGGAUCAACAGCAGCAGCAGCAGCAGCAGGACGACGAUGAGAUGCUGGUCCCACACACCGACUUCCCCGAAGGUCCUCAGCCCAUGGAAGUAGCACAAACAGAAACAGCAAAUACAGUGGAUACUCAGGCAGUGGAUGAUCCACCUUCGGCAAGGUUCACAUGGACAAUUGAGAAUUUCUCCAGGCUUAAUACCAAGAAGCUGUACUCUGACAUUUUCUUUGUUGGAGGCUACAAAUGGCGGAUACUAAUCUUCCCCAAGGGGAACAAUGUUGAUCAUUUGUCUAUGUAUCUAGACGUUGCAGAUUCAUCAACUUUGCCAUAUGGGUGGAGUAGAUAUGCCCAGUUCAGCUUGUCUGUUAUCAAUCAAAUUCAUAAUAAGUACUCAAUUAGAAAAGAAACACAACACCAGUUCAAUGCACGUGAGAGUGAUUGGGGUUUCACUUCCUUCAUGCCUCUUGGUGAAUUGUAUGACCCUAAUAGAGGUUAUCUUCUGAACGAUACAUGCAUAGUUGAAGCUGACGUUGCCGUACGUAGGGUUGUUGAUUACUGGUCACAUGACUCCAAGAAGGAAACUGGUUAUGUUGGACUUAAAAACCAAGGAGCUACAUGCUACAUGAAUUCUCUUCUUCAGACACUCUACCAUAUUCCUUACUUCAGAAAGGCUGUGUAUCAUAUGCCAACUACUGAGAAUGAUAUGCCAUCUGGAAGCAUUCCUCUGGCUCUGCAGAGUUUAUUCUACAAGCUCCAGUACAGUGACACUAGUGUAGCAACAAAAGAGUUGACAAAGUCUUUUGGAUGGGACACAUAUGAUUCAUUCAUGCAGCAUGAUGUACAAGAACUUAAUCGGGUCCUUUGUGAGAAGCUUGAAGACAAAAUGAAGGGAACUGUCGUGGAGGGUACAAUACAGCAAUUAUUUGAAGGGCACCAUAUGAAUUAUAUUGAAUGCAUCAAUGUGGACUAUAAAUCAACGAGAAAAGAAUCAUUUUAUGAUCUUCAGCUUGAUGUAAAAGGCUGUCGUGAUGUAUAUGCUUCUUUUGACAAAUAUGUGGAGGUGGAACGUCUUGAGGGUGACAAUAAGUAUCAUGCCGAACAAUAUGGUUUACAGGAUGCUAGGAAAGGUGUUUUGUUCAUUGAUUUUCCGCCUGUCCUCCAACUUCAGCUAAAAAGAUUUGAGUAUGACUUUAUGCGAGAUACCAUGGUAAAGAUAAAUGACCGAUAUGAGUUCCCGUUGCAACUUGAUCUUGAUAGAGAGAAUGGAAAAUACCUAUCGCCUGAUGCGGACAGGAGUGUUCGCAACCUUUACACUCUUCACAGUGUUCUGGUUCACAGCGGUGGGGUGCAUGGUGGACACUACUAUGCUUUUAUCCGGCCAACCCUAUCUGAUCAGUGGUUUAAAUUCGAUGAUGAACGAGUGACAAAAGAAGAUGUGAAGAGGGCAUUAGAGGAACAGUAUGGUGGUGAGGAAGAGUUGCCACCAACAAAUCCUGGGUUCAACAACUCUCCAUUUAAGUUCACUAAAUAUUCAAAUGCAUACAUGCUUGUUUAUAUACGUGAAAGUGACAAGGAUAAAAUAAUUUGUAACGUGGAUGAGAAGGACAUUGCAGAACAUCUCAGGAUAAGGUUAAAGAAGGAACAAGAAGAAAAAGAGCAAAAAAGAAAGGAAAAAGCAGAGGCACACCUGUAUACUAUCAUAAAGGUUGCACGUAAUGAAGACCUACUCGAACAGAUUGGAAGGGAUAUAUAUUUUGACCUUGUGGAUCAUGAAAAAGUACAUAGUUUUCGCAUUCAAAAGCAAAUGCCCUUUAAUGUCUUCAAGGAAGAAGUUGCCAAGGAGUUUGGAAUACCCGUUCAGUUUCAACGUUUCUGGAUUUGGGCAAAGCGCCAAAACCAUACAUACCGGCCAAAUCGACCACUGACACCUCAGGAGGAAGUGCAGUCUGUUGGACAGUUGAGAGAAGUUUCCAAUAAGGCAAAUAAUGCAGAGCUAAAGUUGUUCCUAGAAGUAGAGCUUGGGCAGGAUUUGAAGCCUGUUCCUCCUCCUGAAAAGACUAAAGAAGAUAUUCUUCUAUUCUUUAAGCUUUAUGAACCUUUGAAGGAGAUGCUCCAAUAUGUUGGGAGGUUGUUUGUCAAGGGUAGUGGUAAGCCAGUCGAAAUAUUGGCAAAAUUAAAUGAAAUGGCUGGCUUCAGUCCUGAUGAAGAAAUUGAAAUCUACGAGGAAAUAAAGUUUGAACCUAAUAUCAUGUGCGAACGCAUUGACAAGAAGGCCACUUUUCGUGCUAGUCAGCUCGAAGAUGGCGACAUCAUUUGCUUUCAGAAAUCCCCUCAAGUUGGAAGCAGUGAUCAAUUUCGCUAUCCAGAUGUUCCUUCAUUCUUGGAAUAUGUUCAUAAUCGUCAGGUUGUUCGCUUUCGAUCUCUGGAGAAACCAAAGGAGGAUGAAUUCUGUCUUGAGUUGUCAAAAAACCAUAACUAUGAUGAUGUUGUGGAAAGAGUAGCUCAACAUCUUGGCUUGGAAGAUCCGUCAAAAAUCAGGCUCACAUCACAUAACUGUUAUUCCCAACAACCUAAACCCCAGCCUAUUAAAUAUCGAGGAGUGGAGCAUUUAUCUGACAUGCUGGUCCACUACAAUCAGAGUUCUGACAUUCUAUAUUAUGAAGUAUUGGAUAUCCCUCUGCCAGAAUUGCAAGGCCUGAAAACGUUAAAAGUUGCGUUUCAUCAUGCUACCAAGGAUGAAGUUGUAAUUCAUACUAUUAGAUUACCAAAGCAGAGCACUGUGGGAGAUGUUAUUAAUGACCUAAAGACAAAGGUGGAGUUGUCUGAUCCCAAUGCAGAACUUAGAUUGCUUGAAGUUUUCUAUCACAAGAUCUAUAAGAUUUUCCCCCUCAGUGAAAAGAUUGAGAAUAUUAAUGAUCAAUAUUGGACAUUACGUGCUGAGGAGAUUCCAGAAGAGGAGAAAAACCUUGGUCCUCAUGAUCGCUUAAUUCAUGUCUAUCAUUUUAUGAAGGAUACAGCUCAAAACCAGGUGCAGGUUCAAAAUUUUGGGGAACCAUUUUUCUUGGUUAUCCACGAGGGUGAGACAUUAGCUGAAGUUAAAGUACGUAUUCAGAAAAAAUUGCAAGUCCCUGAUGAGGAGUUUUCUAAGUGGAAGUUUGCAUUUUUAUCUUUAGGUCGUCCAGAGUAUCUCCAAGAGUCUGAUAUUGUGUCCAAUCGGUUUCAGAGAAGGGAUGUUUAUGGGGCUUGGGAGCAGUAUCUUGGGUUGGAACACACGGACAAUGCUCCUAAGAGGUCAUAUGCAGCCAAUCAGAAUCGUCACACAUUUGAGAAGCCAGUGAAAAUCUACAAUUAGAUAAAAUGGAUGUUUCUCCAGUUCGUUUGAUGAUCCAACUCCCGAUGGAGUUGCGACUUUUGUGUAAAGAGUGAUUGACGCACAAUGGAAGCUUGCCAACAGUUUUUGCAAGAGUAAUCAUUGAUCUUACAUGUAUAAUUUUUUGUUGGAGGGCUGGGGAGUGGUUAGAAAUGUUUAACCUUAUAUCUAUUUUCUAGAGUUCCAAGACUUCUCUCCCUCUUGUAGGCACCCAUUUCUUGGGUUAGUAGGUGUCAUUUCAUCUAUAUAAUUCCAUUGUAAUCUAGUAUAUAAAGAUUUUGGGGUGGGUGAUGUACAGAGGGUAUAGAUGUGUCUUAGUGUUUAAUUUCUCUUUUUAUCUGAUCAUCAUCCUGCUGUGUUUUUCCUAGAUGCAUAAGAGGAUGAGGGGCAUGUAUAAUAUUCAGUUUGGCUUCGUGGAUUUGUGCAAAAGGAAACAACCGAAACAUCGCUCGCAUGCGUCCCCCUCCCCCCCAUCCCGAAUUAACUAGAAGAAUCCUAUGUGAUGCUUUUACCAAUUCUUUUUU